AUGGAGCAGCGAGCAGAGCCACCAGAGCUGAGACCUGCAGGACCCACCACGCACCCGCAGCCCAAGGAGGGGACGCUGUGGGGGCUCCUCGCCAUCCUCUCGCUGCUGGCCGGGCUGGCCGCGGGCAACCUGCGAACGCCGCACUGCAACGAGACGCUGGACACGGCCCCCACGCCGCGGGGCAUGGCCACCGCCAGCCCAGCUGUGGAGGAUGGCGUGGAGGUACCGCUCGCCGCUGCCUGGAGCCAGCUGUACGGGGACAAUGCGACGACGGGUGGCCCUGGCGCCGCGGAGCUGGCGGAGGACCUGCUGCUGCGUGCCGAGCGCUCACCGCCGGGUGCCGGCAAAGGCAAGAAAGGGAUGCGGAAACCCUCACGGGGGACCCGUGGGCGCAACUGCCACAUCCGCAACCUGAUGGUGAAGGUGCGCGACCUGGGCCUGGGCUUCAACUCGGACGAGAUCGUGCUCUUCAAGUACUGCAGCGGGUCCUGCCACCGGGCGCGCAGCAACUACGACCUGACGCUGGGCAGCCUGCUGCGGCAGCAGCUCAUCGCCCCAGGGCCGCAGGAGCGGGUCCUCAGCCACCCCUGCUGCCGGCCCACCCGCUACGAGGCCGUCUCCUUCAUGGACGUGCAGAACACGUGGCAGACGGUGGAGAAGCUCUCGGCAGCCGAGUGCAGCUGCAUCGGCUGA